AUGAAGCGGCCGCUGAGCCCGUCUCCCCCUGCCGAGAAGGAGCCCCCCGUAUCUGGAGCGGCCGAGUGCCCCCCUCAGCCCCCAGAACCGCCCAAGCCCAAGCGCGAGAGGAAGCGGCCGUCGUUCACGCUCUGUGACGUCUGCAACAUCCAGCUGAACUCGGCGGCCCAGGCCCAGGUGCACUGCGAAGGGAGGGCUCAUCAGAGGCGGCUGCGGCAGCUCAGCCUGGGAAAGGCCCCCGCAGGGCCAGCAGGCCCAGCGUCCAGCACCCCCAGCCCCCUGCUGGCCUCCCUGCCCCUGGCUGCCAGGCCCCUGCAGCCCCCGCUGGACUUCAAGCACUUGCUCGCCUUCCACUUCAAUGGCGCCGCCCCGCUCAAUCUCUUCCCCAACUUCAGCACGAUGGACCCGGUCCAGAAAGCUGUCAUCAGCCACACCUUCGGGGUCCCCUCCCCUCUGAAGAAGAAGCUCUUCAUUUCCUGUAACAUCUGUCACCUGAGGUUCAACUCCGCGAACCAGGCCGAAGCACAUUAUAAAGGCCACAAACACGCCAGAAAACUCAAGGCGAUUGAAGCCGCCAAGAGCAAGCAGAGGCCCCAGACCCUGGCCCAGGACGGGACGCUGGUGUCCCCGACCCCGGCCCCGGCCGUGGCCAGCGGAGGCCCCGAAGAGCCUCAGCGUAAAGCCGUUCCUGCAGACCCCCCUCCGGGCCCCCCGCUCCAGCCGCCACGGACGCCCGACGCCAUGGCCGGGGAGCCCGCCCACGCAGGCCUCUUGGACGCUGCCUCCUCUUCCUCUGCUUCCUCCUGCCCACCCUGCUCCCCAGAGCCCGGGACCGAGGCCCCGGGGCCCGAGCCCGCGGCGGCUGCCGUGGGAAGUGGAGUGAGUGGGGAAGGCAGGAGUGAGAAGGGGCGCCUCUACUGCCCCACGUGUAAGGUGACGGUGAACUCCGCCUCCCAGCUUCAGGCUCACAACACGGGAGCCAAGCACCGGUGGAUGGUGGAAGGCCAGCGAGGGGCUCCCCGAAGGGGCCGGGGCCGCCCGGUGCCCCGGGGAGGAGCUGGACACAAAGCCAAGAGAGUGGCCGGGGGCCGGCGGGGCCGGCAGGGGCCCAGCCCCCCUUUCCACUGUGCUGUCUGCCAGCUCCAGGUCAACUCAGAGACCCAGCUCAAGCAGCACCUGAGCAGCAGGAGGCACAAAGACCGCCUGGCCGGGAAGCCCCCCAAGCCCUCCAGCCAGCACAGCAAGCUGCAGAAGCACGCUGCGCUGGCUGUGAGUAUCCUCAAGUCGAAGCUGGCCUUGCAGAAGCAACUCACCAAGACGCUGGCAGCCCGCUUCCUGCCCAGCCCGAUCCCCACCGCAGCUGCGGCCAUCUGUGCCCUGCCUGGGCCCCUGGCCCUCCGGCCGGCCCCGGCCCCGGCCACCACCCUCUUCCCGGCUCCCAUCCUGGGCCCGGCUCUGUUCCGCGCCCCAGCGGGAGCUGUGCGCCCCGCCACGGGACCCAUCCUCUUUGCCCCCUAUUAG